AAACUUCAGAUUUCAAAUAGAGUUUGUCUCUUUUGAUGUGUUAAUCGAAACAUUUCUUCACAGGGAGGAUCCGCGGUAUCUUUUACUGCCCACUUUUUCACGAUGAGCGUGCUCGUGCGGAAGUUUCAUCAUCUGCGAGGAGUGUACCUGUCGCUGUUGAGGUUAGGUUGCGAUAACGGCAGCUACUCGCACAGGGUUGUGCUCGGCGCGUCAUCGAGAUGUGAACACAACACCCCGAGCACGGCGUGGAUCAAAUCGGAAAGAAGCCAGAAUUACACAACGCCCGCUGCCACCGUUGUCACCAACGAGGUUGACUACGUUGAUGCGAACUUCGACACGGACGUCGAUAGGCCGGAGAGAAUCUCGGAGAACAAGUACGCUCACUCUCUGUUUUUGAACUCGAUGAAGUACAAGAACAUCGUGCUGCGGCCGAGCACAACAUACGCCGAGGUCUCGAACGAGGAGGCUUUGGCGCUUUUGGAGAUGAACUGGUCUUUGAUGACAGGUACCGAGAUAGUAUCGGCCAUCAAGAAGUUGUCUUAUAACAUUUGCCGUAACAAAAAGAAGAUUGAACCAUUUAAAUAUGCGGAUGCCUUCAACGCACUGAAUUUGAAAUCGUUGACAAAUGAUGAACUGAUGACAAUAAUGCGACACUUGGUACCAUUCAGCAACCAUCUAGAGACAUGCGAUUUUUACAACAAUUUCUGUGUACGAGUAGAUAGAGAAUGUAUGAUACGUUUCCCAAAGUUGUCCAUAGAAAAUACAUUGUUACUUUGUGAUAUAAUAUAUCAGAUAACACCCAAGAAUUCAUAUGGAUUAUAUAAUUAUCAAUAUGUCUGGCAUUCUAUUAGGAAGUUAGGCAAUAAACCACAUAAACUGCAUCCUCAGCAACUAGUUCAGAUUCUGUUCUUCCUAAAUAUAUACCGGAAGCCUCCUAUAAAUAUGUACGAGCUAGAGUAUGAAUUGGAGCAGUGUAUGAACGAAUUGUCGAUUAAUGAGUUGGCUGUAGCAUCAUUAGGUUUUUUCAAGACUAGCACGAAAAUCAAGAGCAGGGAUUUCCUAGAUAAUAUUAUCAAACGGACUAUAGCCGAGAUCGACAUGGUGAAUGCUGUAAGCAUCGCGGCAAUCGUUAAAUUAGUAAGGUAUAGCAUGCAACUUACCGAAGUUAAAGGUCUUCAAAAUUUACUGAAGGCUCUAACGCCAUAUGAGCCGCGUUACACACUAAUGUCUCUGGCGCAUAUAAUGCAAGCAGCUGGAAGAGUUGCCUUGUAUGAUAGAGAACUCACGGAGAGAGUCAUCAGAAGAUUAAAUAAGGAAGUAAAAACCGCGAGAUUGAAGGACUUUGAGAGAUUGCUUUUCACUUUUUCUAUUCUUAAUAUCGACUCGAGCAAUAGUGUCUACCAGAACGUGAUCGAAGAUCUGAGAGCUACUUGGGACACCAGUCGAGCAAAGGAGAUAGCAAAGUUUCCAUAUGUAGUUUCACGUAUUUUUGGGUAUCUGUCGAUACAAAAUAUAUAUCCCAUAGAUCUGAUCAAACGUGUUAUGGCACCUGAAUUUGUAAUCAAGACGUGUCGUGGUAACUAUCAUUAUAUCUCGCGUGAGUAUUGUGUACUGGACUACAGCUUACAAAUAGAAGUACCCGAGUACGACGGGCCAUUCCUUAAGCCUAAUAUACGUGAUUUCCUACAGAAGAAAUAUUAUGAUUUUCAUCUUGAAACCUCAACGGAAUCUACACGGACAAAUGUCCUUUUCACAACCGUAUUGGCAACAUGCCAGGAAUUAUUCAAUACCACAUCGGACAUAUUACAAAUUCGUCCACUACCACAUUAUACACCACAGGAUAUCGUCUUUUGUCUAGAUGAGCAAAAUCAACUUGUGUCAUCAGAAAAGUUUUUUUCGCAGUUUGAAGUAAAUGCUAUUAAACGCGUAGACAAAGAAAAUUCGAAUAACAGAUGGAUUGCUCUUGUCAUGGCUGCUCAUGGACAGUUAAUAAGAAAUUGCCAGAAAACAAACUAUCAGACACCUACUGGAGCGUUAGCCGCAAAACUGAGGCAGUUAUCCAUAAUUGGCUACACACCGAUCAUGAUACCAUAUUUUAUGUGGAAUGAUAAAUCACCACAGGAACGAUGUAAUUACAUUAAAGAACUUGUAUUUCGAAAAAAUAUUGCUUCAGAAUCGUCCAACAGUGCCGAAAACAUACCUGUAUUCUACUCUUAACGACAUCGGCUGGAAAUAUUGCUAGCCAAAGCAACGCGCCACCGACUGCACCGGCCACCAUCGUCUUUUGCCACCCGAU